AUGAAUCAUGAAAACAACGCGGACGACGGCCGCGGUGUGGACCUAGAGAGCAGCAGUCUUGACCAGCUGGCCCCCGGACGAACCAGAGGAAGGCUUUCGCUGGCCAGACUGCUGCAAAGGGCUUCGUCAAAGAGUCGGGCUGUCGCUAGCCUUUCCAGAGCCUCCCGACUGCCCAGUGAGAGGAGUGUGGGAGACGCUUUGCCCAACAAACCUUGCUGGGCUGUCGCCCUUUACAUGUUCUUCUUUCCUUCUUUGGCUAUGUUCGUGGUUGGACGAGUAUUGCCAGGUCAGUGGGUAAGUCGCAAUGGAAAGUCGCACCUGAGUUGCCUGGGCCUUGGAAGCAUGCUCCUCAUGUUCCUCAUCCCCUACCUCACGGUGGCGACACUGCUCGAGCACAUGGCCCAGAGGCAGAACGAGGAGGAGACGUACAUCGAGAAGCUCAAAAUACCUGAGGUCAAGGAAGUAUGGGGAGAUCCCCCGCCCCUGACGGAUCUGUGGAGGCGUCUACGAGUUUACAGGAUCUGCGCGCGUGCCCUGCUGAACAUCUUCUUGUUCUCCUAUGCUCUCGCCUUUCUGUCAGCGCGAAAUCCCGAUGAGCCUCUGAAUCUGACGAAGCAUGUGCUCGCCUGGCUUGAGUUCUUUGGCAUCUGGGCCAUUACCCUCCUCUUUUUGCUGAGGCCUGUGGUGGUUGCAAACGCCGCAUUUCUAGAGCUGUCUGGCUUCCCACUGCACAGGGCACACAUGAUCCGAGCCUUAGCCAACUUCUCAGCGCUGGCGCUGCUGCAACGAGCCAACCCACAGCUGUGCUUUGACAGGAUAUCACACGCGCGCGCGGCAAUGCAGCAGUCCUUCUUGCAGAGGUGGUCUCAUCCCUUUUCGGUGCUGCGCUGGGUGUCGCUGCAAUGGUGUGCAAGAUCAGCACCACGGCCUUCAUUGCAAACUCCUUCUUUUGGGAGUGGGACGCGCUCCAGUGGCUGA